CUUUAAAAGAAAUCCCCUCAUCAGAUCGCCUGCCUCCAAGCCUCCAAGGCACCGCCGUCCCCAAACCCUCAUCUUCUUCCCGUCCCCGUACUGCAGCCGCCUCCCAUCCCGAUCCAAAAGAACCGAAACCCAACCCGAAGUCGAAAUCCGGCCAUGGCGAUCAUCUCCGACAUUCAGGAGGACGAGCCCACGUCGCAGCAGCCGGCAGCGUCGGCCCCGGCGGCCGUUGACGUAGACCUGGAGGUCCUGGAGGCGGUGCUCGAGCGGAAGGGAGGCGCGCUCCCUUUCCUCCAUGCGGCCAUCGACGUCGCGCGGCGGCGCUCCGAUCUCUUCCGGGAUCCCUCUGCGGUCAGCAAGGUCACCGCGAUGGCCUCGGCGGCCAGGGCAGAGGUGGAGGCGGAGGAGAGGAAGACGAGGGAGGCGAAGAGGAAAGCAGAGGAUUCGGCGAAGGCCGCGGCGGCCGAGAAGGAGAGGGCGGCGAAGGCUGCCGCGACCGAGAAGGAGAAGGCGGCGAAGGCUGCGGCGGCCGCGGCGGCUGAGAAGGAGAGGAGCUCGGUUGUGACGGAGGAGCGGGAGUCUGGCAGCCCGGCGGAGAAGGAUAAUAGCACCGAAGUGGUGGAGGAGGGGAACAAAGGGAAACAACCAAAUGCUGGAAAUGGUCUUGAUCUGGAGAAGUAUUCUUGGACUCAGCAGUUGCCAGAGGUUAAUAUCACUGUUCCUGUUCCUGAAGGAACAAAGUCAAGGUUUGUUGUCUGUGAGAUUAAGAAGAAUCAUCUCAAGGUUGGGUUGAAGGGCCAGCCUCCUAUCAUUGAUGGCGAGCUUCACAAACCAGUUAAAGUUGAUGACUGCUUCUGGAGCAUAGAGGAUGGAAAAUCAUUGUCUAUAUUGCUGACAAAGCAUAAUCAAAUGGAAUGGUGGAAAUCUGUGAUAAAAGGUGAUCCUGAAGUCGAUACCCAGCGGGUGGAACCAGAGAACAGCAAACUUUCUGAUUUGGAUCCUGAGACUAGACAAACUGUGGAGAAGAUGAUGUUUGACCAGCGACAGAAGCAGAUGGGUCUCCCAACAAGUGAUGAAAUGCAGAAGCAAGAAAUCCUCAAGAAAUUCAUGUCUGAGCACCCGGAAAUGGACUUCUCAAGGGCGAAAAUAGCUUGAUGAUUCGAUCCAACAGUGGAUUGGAAAGUGUUGAAUGGAGAAAUUUAGUACCCUGUCUGUCUCCCACCAAGCAUAUUUGCAGCACAGUUUUUGCAGUGAACUUUGUUUUCUUCCAUGAACGAAUGAGCUGCUGGAAUUCGUUGAAUUUGUGGGGUUUGUUGGUAAUCUGAUGCUUGCUAGUGACUGAGCACUUCGUCUA